ACUUUUUAAUUUGUAAAUAACCUGUAUAGAAACUUGAUGAUCGAAUAAUAAUCGUCUUUAUUAAAAAAUAUUUAACAACAAAAUAGCAAAAAAAGCAAUAUUUGUAAUCUCAUAUAAACAUUUUCGGCGUUCGCGAGAAAUUUUACGAUAAAUGUGUAUAGAUGUGUUGUAUAGAAAACUUACAUUACAUGAUAUCCUUGACGUUGCGUCUUUUGUUUCGAUCAAUAAAUACGGUUUAAUGUUUUAUCUCUAGACCGUUACGUCAUUAAGUACAGCGUAAGUAUCGUUACGCGUACAUAAGAUAUUUACCACAAAUACUAAAGAAAACAAAUUAAUGCGUUUAAUAACCGGUACCACAAAAUAGUAGCUCUAUGCUCUGCAGUCGAUUGAACAAAAAUCUAUUUGUGUAAUUUUCUACAAAAGACGCUAGGCGCUAGGGUUCUCUUCUCGUCUUAGCUUCGACUUUCCUAUCGACUUCCACCUGUCGAUGGAAUUAGACAAAGAGGCACGGGGAUCUGUGUAUCGGCUCUGGGCGUGCGUAAUGACGAGGAUCCUCUCGAGGACGUGUACGAUGCGCCACUGACGGACUCCUGGACGACGAAAUGAAAAGGGUGGGACGAUAUCGAGAGAGGCAAUACCAGCUAGCUGCGCAGAAACACAACCAGGCGUUGCUCAAGCACGAUUAUUACCAGCAAAUCGCGAGAUACUUCGAACGAGAGUGCCGAAUCGCCAAGCACUACGAUUCUUGGAAUUAUAGGAAUUUAGACCCCAAAGGUGAGCUCGAGAAGGCUAAAAAAGCGGAAAGGUUACAUGUCAGAAGGAACAAAUUGAGAAAUUUGUUGAAGGAGGAGGAUGAGACGUACAGAAGAGAAUUGGAGGAACGAAAAAGAGUAAAAAGCCGCGAGGAAGAAACGUCGUUAGAGGCUUUGAGGCAAAAAUUACGAGAGAAACGCGCAGAACAGAGUCUGUAUCUACCUAGAACUUGUCGAAGAUAUCAAUCUUACUUCGUCUGUCCCAAAGAAUCGACCAAUACUGGGUGGGACACUCUCAGAGGUACCAAUCUUCAAUAUUCUCGUGCUUACAGAGAUUCGAUAAACGUUGUCCGUCCAAUCGAUCAAAAUUUUCGUCGUAGAGGCUCGAAAAUGACCGAAGAUAGCAAUAAGACCUCACACGAGCAAGAAAUUGUACAAACAGAACCAGAACCUUUGCGCUAUCCUCCGUAUCCAGGAUAUUCGUACCAUGAACCUGGCAGACCUGUUUCCAAAUACUCGGCCCGUUAUGCUCAUAGAAGUUUAGAAAAUACUAACAUGAGAACUAACGAACCUGACGACCACCCAAGUAGUCCGUCUCCGGCUUCUGCUUCGCCAAAUAGAGAAAUUCCUCCUCGUGUAGAUGAUAAAGAGUCCGCCACAGAACUAGAUAACAAACAAAACGAUUCUAAAAACGACACAAUAAGCGGAAGUAGUCCAGUCAGCCCGAAAGACGAACAAUCCAAGAAUCUCGCUGAACGGGAUGAUAUUUCCAAUCAAAAAAUCGAUCAAGAUAGUGUGGAUACAUAUGAGGUAGAAAGCUCGAUAAACAAAUAUAAUAACGACAGAGAUCAAAACACAGAAAAGAGGGAUACUCGACAGUUCGAAGUUGAGAAAACCAUGCCCUGGUUGCGAAUGAUUCCCGAGGACAAGAAUCUCUCGAGGCAGAUGUUCCUUUACUUGACUCACAAGGAGCUGAAAUCCAAGAUCGAGGACAUCAAGAAGAGAGAGACGCACGCGUGCAACAAGCAGUGUUGGGACGAGGCUUUGCGGCUGAGGGAUAUGAAGAAUAGGCUGGAACUAAUUCGCGAAAAAAGGAUGUAUCAUACGGAAAACCUCGAUUUGGACGAAGAAUCGAGAAAAUGGGGAUUCGACAACAUCGAUAAGAGGGAAGCGGAACUUCUUCAACGAGAAAAAGUCUGUACGGAUUCAACAAUGUACAGUGAAGAUGCAAAAGCCAUGUGGAAGAAAUGGGUGCACGAAGAUGAACAAUCCGUGAUCAAGGAGGCUCUGGUGCGAAGGGAAAAUUUGAUGGACAAAUUGGAAAAAGAAUGGCAGCGCCUAGCAAUUCAUGAGAAAGAAAAAAUCGCACAAUCGUACCAGAUCGUAACGAACGAUUCUGCUCUACAAGAGGCGCCUAAACUAGCUGCAGCUGUUAACGCGGCUAAAAUGAAAUCGGUCUCCAGUUCCUUAAAUUAGACCAUAAAUCAUAUUUUACAUUUACUCGUAGUUCAUGAUUUUCUGCCCACGGUGACGGAUACUGUUGGAUAUACUUGAAGAAAAUUUAGAGAACUUAUUCAAUUAUAGUAAACUAUAGGUAAAAAAAUAAAAAUACAAAAAAAUAAGAUAAAAAGGAAAGAGAUAUGUUUAACAGUUUGUAACUGUUAAACGUUAUUGAAGACUGAUUAUAUUCUUAUUAAAUUCCUGUUUCGUUAAAAAAAGUAUUACAUAUAUUGAAAUUGUGCCUAAUCAUUUUGUAUAUUUUUCAAUAUUUUAAAUGAUUGUAAAAUUGGACGGUAUAGAACCAUUACUUGUAACAGUUACAUAUUUAAUUACUGGAUUUUUAUUUCAAUUUUAUCAUUUCUAUUAUCUCUAAUCGCUUUUAUGUUGGCAGUAUUACAAUAUUGUUAUUAUCUACUACCCUUUACCGUCAAUUCCAAUUUAUUAUUCACAAAUGUUUAUGACGAUAUUUUACUAAUGACAUUAUUGUGCAUUGCAUUAUUGUCUUGGAAAUAAAAUGAACUUGGAAGUAACGGCGCAUUUUUUCUAUGUUUAUAAUUUGAAAAAUCUAAAUUUUACUAUCUAUAUGUAUAUGUAUAAAGUAGAAAUGUAUCGACUAGGGUUUUGGCCAACUAGUCGACUAGCCAAUUGGCUCCCAAGAAACCAAUUAGUCAUGUCUGCUAAUCAUUUUCAAAUAUCAUUACAAAAGGCAUCGCAUUUAUGAGCAUUUAGUGCGACGAACAUAUUAACAUAUAUUUAUUUUAUUACAUCUUGUUUCUUCGUUCUAAAGUGUUCUUUUUUGUUAUGAUAAAAGUUGAAAGUAAUGUCCAAAGUUCCUAGUUAACUGGUAACUAUUUCGCUUAUUUCAAUCUAAUACUAAUUACUGUAUUGAAUUUUAUAUGUGAUAAUUAUGUAACAUUAAAAUAUGUACUUAUAAGUAAGUAGGUAUACUACAUAUUAAAAAAUAGUAAAAUUAUGCUAAUGACAAUGAAAAAAGAAUAUUAUAUAUAUUUUUAUUUUUAUGCCUUAUCAAGUUAUUUUUAUUGCCUUAUAAUACUGAAAAUUUAGGACUGAUCAAUUUGUCUCUUUUGUCGACUAGCCUCCUUCUGUAAAAGUCGCUUCACCACUAAUACGAUGUAAUGUGGCGAAUUUCAAAUUUGCCGCGAAAGAUUGCACGCCGAUAAAAUUUGAAAUCAUUUUCUGUUUGGUACGCAAGAUGGCAUGGCGAGGUUGGCAGUCGACUCACGAAAAUAGCGCGCAGCACUCGUGUUCGCCGUUAUAAAGUCGCGUUUAUUUGUAAUUAUUGAUACUGUCAAGACGUGUUUAAGUGAUAAUUAGUGCAUCAAUCACCAAAACCACAAUGAGAACGUGUUUGUCCACGCAGAGGCACUCAUCCUUGUAUACUUCACAUGCUUUCGGCGAUUCUUCAGUCUUCAGUUAGUUAAGUACAAACUUUGCUUAUACAUAUUUUAUAAAGAAUUACAUAAUUUUCUGCCUGUAACAUGUAAUAAAAAAUGUAUCAUAUGCUAGAUUUUGUUACUAUUAUGACAAUUUGUCGUCACAAAAAAGUUUGAUUGUAUAAUACAUUUAGUGCUACAUGUUCCAGAUGAGUACAUAUUAUCAUAUAACUAUAUCAAACAUAUAAUACGUGAAUUUCUAUUCCCUUAAUGAUAAACGACGUAUAACCUGAAAAAUAUACAAAUCAUGCUAUCGUUCGUAGUAGGAAAUAUGUUUUCGAAAGGUGAGAAAGUAUCGCACGUGCGUCGCGAAUACUAUACAUAUAUGCGUAUAUGUAUAUCAACAAACGUUUAUAGUACCGCAAAUUCCAAUAGAAUCUGUUUUUUUCAUUACCACAUGUGUUUAGUUACGAGUUGUGACAACAAAUCGAGGAUAGCGGCCUUAGUACUUUAUUAUUGUUUCCAUUCGGAUCUGUUAAUUAAGGGGCAAAUUUUUUUUCGUCUGAACGAAGGCACGAAAGAAUUUCCAAGGAAUUCGCGGUAGCAUAAGCUAGGUGGUCGCCAUUAAUCGUCAGGCAUACCCCGUGACAACGACCAAAUUAGUCGGCCGAUCCGUCAAAAAGAGCAUUUCUGUGGUAGGCGUGCAUUAUAUCCUCCGCGGACCGAGCGCCACAUGGCACUUUGCGCGCAGACACGCCUGCGCAUUCACCUUCCGAGUAUUCCACGGCAAAUGUGUUUGCAUAUACAGUGUUGUUUAAGCGUUAUUACGUUAACGUCGGUUCUACUUUUUUAAAUUAUUCCGAAACUGAGGAAAAAUUUGUAAUUUAAAUCAUUUAAAUGGACAUUUCAUAGAAAUAUUUAUAUUUAUUCAUUUGGAAAAAUAUUUGAUGGGAAGUCUCCCUUUAGAAGUAUUAGAAAUAACAAACUACAAGUCACGAGUAGUUAAAGAACUUAACCUGUUAUAACUCUAGUCUCAAAUUCGAUGUGCUUCCAUUUUUCUACAUAUCGUUCAUAUCCAUUUUUCUAAAUAAAUUACUCCACAUUUAGUACAUUUGCAAGACCUAUAGUCGAUCUAAUGACUAUAAUUUAUUGAUUCAAUAACUUUGAAGUUUGUGAUUAUGCAAGUUUCUAUUUAAUAGGUUAACGUACUCUUUCUUGUAAUAAGUUUUCUUUAAAUCGCCUGUUUACGCAUAUAAGAACGGUAUCAUAAGGGCAUCGAUGGUCUUUUUUCCAUUUUCAGUUACAAUAAAACAAUUAAUGGCGUUAGGUAUUCGGAAUAUAAUUAAAUGUAAACUGUGUAGAUCAAAGAAUUCAACUAGAGUAGGUACAGAAAGUGAUUCGCACAUCAUUAUAUCCAUUAUGACAUUUACGUAUUGAUUAAUUAAGUCCAAGUGUAUUAAGUUUCGUAUCAUUUAGCAAUACUUUCAUGUAACAACAAAAAUGUGAUACCAUGAAACUAAAAUAUAGAACCUGAUAAAAAAGCGCCCUAUUGGAAAAUAGGGGUAGGUAUAUGCAAAUACUUGCUGUCUCCACCUUGCAUAAUAUUAUCCUACUGAAUUACACUUAAAAAAAAAAAAAAAAACUCGCUUAUACCAAUACGAAAAAUAAUGUAACUCUCAAAAGGAUAAAUCAUUGUUCGAUCCGCGGGCAAAAUGGUCCAAGUCUAACAAACUACUUAUCAUGUAGCCAUGUAUCCUUAACGACCGUACAAGAUGCAUCCGCGUUGUAUUUUUCAGCGGGCCAUCGAUCUCGAAUUUUCGUGUUAACAUUUAAAUCACACCCACACUGUACAUCCGGGACCAUGGUAAACUCAAAGCAAAAGACAUAGAGGAAGCAGGAGAGAGAGAGAGAGAGAGAGAGCGGGCGAACAAGAGAGAGAGAGAGAGAAAGAAAGAAAUAUAGUUCGUAAUACAUGGUAUCGUGCGUGCAAUGGCCCGUGAAAGCUGACUGUCUGCUCGGCACCCAAGAGAAGAGGGAUGCAGCCACGCCAGCUAUGUUAAUUAAACGCGUUUCUAGCCCCCGCAUAGGAAAUCAGAGAAAAAAGGAGAUGAGACGAGCGAUGCUCGAGGAGAUGGGGCAACGUGAAAGAGGGUGCCGGCUAAUAACACGUCCCGUACGACGAACGCACGCCACACGCCCGUCUUCUGCUUCUUCUUCUUCUUCUUCUCCUUCUUCUUCGUCUUCCCCUCUUCUCCUCAACCUCCACCAUCUUUUCGUCCACCACUUCUUUCUCCGUCUGCUUCUUCUUUCUCGUUCUCCUUCCACUAUUGUUUUUUGUCUUCGUCCGUCACUUGUCUUCUUGAUGCCAGAAUGUCGUAACAAUCCGGUCGACUGUCCGAACGACUGCGUUUUUUGAUAUUUCGAAAGGCUGAAAAAAUUGCGAGGGUUACGGGAAAGAUGGCGUUUCUUGUCUUGUAAUUUCAUAAUUCAAAAGUUUGGUAAAAGAAAAGAAGAAAUAAAUUCGUUCGGGGGCAAAAGCAAUUUUAAUGCGUCGUAGGCUCGUUCGACGGUGCUUUCCAAUUCUUUGCUUCUUCCAAAUAAAAGCCACGGCGCUCGAAAUAGUUCCCUUUGAGACACCACUUUCAUCUCUCUUCUUACAAUUAGUUUCAAAUCGUUAAACUUCAAUUUUGACGUUAAUUUUAGUAAAGAUCGCUCGUCGCAACACUAAUAAUCUCGGUAAGUUUCAAUUGUCCUAUGAAUUUCAUUAGGUCGUUGGUCGCUGAAAAAACGGGGCAUCGAUAAGAUCCUGUCUUAAGACCGAUUAGUUCAAAUCGCGAUAAGGUUAUUGGGUAUCACGGUUACACGGAAAUUACGCUCGUCACGGGUUGUCGCUUAUACAUGAUAAAGAAAAAAAAAAAAAAAAAAGACAAGAAAAGAAAGAA